CCGCAGCUUUCGAGCCCAAUAAUCGCCAAGCUAACUUUAUAGAUGUCGACAAGUGAAUUCCAUUCCCAAUUGAGUCUCUUAGCUGCUCCAUAAUGCUCUCCUUUUCUUCGUCUUUGCGCUGAAUUGCUUUGCCUUUUUCUUUGCCACUUCAUUCCUCUCCGAGCAAGGUCGUCUUGGUCUUGAGCGCGCAACACCGUAGCACAGCCUAUUGCGGUCCAAAGCGCGAGCAAUUCCGUUUCUAUUCUCAUCCCUGGAUACAAGACGUCAACAAGCAGACUAGGGCAAGCUACAGCUAUGGCGGCUCGAAAAGUCGACCUCGAUCUUGAGCAUCGCAACGAUGGCACGAUCGGAGCUGCUGCAAUGCAGACAACUACAUUCAAGAAGACAAGCUUCUUCAACUUUGAGAAUCCGGGUUUCUUGUUGAUCAUCUACAACUUCAUCUUCGCCCUCCCACUCUCCUACGCUCUCACGCUCUUCAACAAAUACAUCAUCUCCUACGUCGGCUACGAGAAGAUCAUGCGUUGUCCAUCUGGGAUAUUCUUCUCGCGCCUUCUGUUCGUAGCGGUUAAUAUGUGGUUGGUUGUUGCAUGGGGUAUACAGUUGGAGCGAGAGGCGUGGCAGAGGAAGGGAAAGAGAGUUGAGGUGCUGAGAGGUAUGGUGGGCUGGUGGGAAGAGGAGGUGAAGCGGUUGGAGGAUGUUAGGGAGGAGGUCGAAGAGAAUGCGCAGCGACAAGUCGAGGACCAGAUCCUCAGCGAAAGUCCUAUUCCGGCCGGUGAAUACGAAACCAUGACGCCUGGCCAUUACGGCCGUGGCCGUGACAAGUCAAGAUUUGCUACUCCUGCUACUCCUCAUUAUCGGGCAAACGCGAAAGAAGCUGAUGAACAUGGAUGUGAGGCUGGUGAUGCUGAGGACGAUGAGGACGACGAAGAGAGUGAGGAGAGUGAGGAGAGCAGCGAGGAGGAUGAUGAUGAAGAGGACAGUGACUGGAACGGAGAUGACUGA